AUGUUUUACUUCCUGAAUCUUGCCCUUUCACUUUGCGUCAUUGUAUUCCCGCUCCAGGCAUUGGCAGAGGAUGCAGACUACUUCAGCAAUAACCUCUUCUCAGACCUUGCUCCGAUCUUGGCCCUAUUUGGCGAGCAAGUCGCCAAACAAUUCAUGAGUCAGUCAAUGGGUUGGGCUGAUAACGUUGUCUUCGCAAUGGCUCCUUUGGGUAUCAUCACUGCUAUUGUUGGAGCUAUCAGAGUUGGGGGUCCGGCAUGGCUGAAAGCCAUCAUUGGAAGAGCGAGGGAGAAUCGAGCUGCCGCAGAAGUUGAGUUGAUGUCCUCGACUUCCCCAGAUGUCUGCGAGCUGUGGAAUGGCCAAACCAUCGUCAGGAUGAUGGGUCGCCAUCGAUUCUGCAAAUAA